AUGCCGCUGGAUGACGCGCUCCAGACCUCGGCGACGCGUUCCUUCUUUGGCUCCUUAUUCUACUUUGCGACGGCGUGGGACGUUGUGCUGGUCACUUGCGGCUGCGUGUUCAAGCUAGUCUUUGGCGUGCUGCAGAUUCUCAUUCUCAUCAUCUUUGCCGAGUUUUUUGACAUGCGACUCAACACGCCACAGGGGUUUCGCGACCUGGGCCUGCACAUCUUCGUCUCCAUGUGCUAUUUUGGUGCCGCGACGGCCGGCACGGAAAUGGCCGCCUCAAUCGCGCUUGAGUGGGCCAAGCAUCGCCAGAUUACGGCGUGGAAGAAGGCGUACCUCAAGUCCAUCCUCAGACAGGAUGUCGGUUGGUACGACGUGAACCGGCCGCAGGAGCUGUCGACGCGGAUGGGCGAGGCUCUCGUACACAUUGAGAAGGGGCUGCACUCUUCCAACGGCAACCUCUUCUCUAAUGGAGGCCAGUUCAUCGGCGGGCUGGUGAUAGCAGUCUACUACUCGUGGGACAUUGCGCUGGUGACGCUCGCCAUCGCCAUGCUCACCUUCGUGCCCUCCGUCUCGCUCCUCCUGUCCUUCCUCGACCGGCGCACCAAGCUCCUCGCCGACGCCUACUCGGGCGCAGGCGGGGUCGCAUCCGAGGUCCUAUCGUCGAUCCGCACAGUCGCCUCUCUCGGCCUCGAGCACCACUCACUUGCGCGGUACGACGUCCACAUUGAGUCCGCCGAGUCGGGCUCGAUCCGCCUCUCCAACAAGAUCUUCCUCGCCGUUUCGACCAUGAAUGCAUCGAUGUUUUACGUGAUGUCGGUCGGCGUCCUAUUUGCGCUCUGGAAGCUCGUGUCCGAGUACCGCGGCACCACCUUUCCUUACACCCCCGCCUGCGCAGUGACCCUCGCCGUAAUCUACAUCGCCACGCAGGCCAUCUUUCAGGGCGUCAUGGGCGCCUCGCAGAUCGCAGCGCCCAUCACAGCACUCACCAAGGGUGUGACAGCCUGCCGAGACGUGCUCGCCGUGAUUGAGCGCGAGCCUCCCAUCGACUCGUUCGCUGACAAGGGCGUUGUUGUCCAGCGCUUCGCCGGCGAGAUCGAGGUGCGGGGCGUGGUCUUCGCAUACCCAUCGGCGCCAGCCGUGCACGUGUGCAAUGGGUACUCCCUUCACGUCCCGGCCGGCUCCUCGUGUGCGCUCGUCGGGCCGUCGGGGUCCGGCAAGUCGACUCUUAUCCAGCUGCUCGAGCGCUACUACGAUCCGCUCUCGGGCGAGGUGCUCAUCGAUGGCAUCGACGUCAGGACGAUGAACGUCAAGGCGCUGCGGAAGCAGAUCGGGCUGGUCGGGCAGGAGCCGAUGCUCUUCAUGGGCACCGUUAGCGAGAAUAUCGCGCUCGGCAAGGAUGACGCUACGCGCGAAGAGAUCGAGGCAGCGGCGCGCACAGCAAACGCGCACGGCUUCAUCACGCGAAGUCUGGCGAAGGGCUUUGGUACACAGGUCGGGCUCGGAGGCGGCAAGCUCUCGGGCGGCCAGAAACAGCGUAUCGCCAUUGCAAGAGCGAUCAUCAAGAAGCCGUCCAUCCUGCUGCUUGACGAAGCCACGUCAGCGCUCGACAAUGCGAGCGAGAGAGUCGUGCAGGCUGCGCUCGAGGACAUCAUGUCGCAGAGCCGCUUCACUUCGGUGACGGUGGCCCACCGGCUCUCAACCAUCAAGCACUGCGACAAGAUCGCGGUGGUGCAAAAGGGGUCGAUCGUCGAGGAGGGCACCUACGAUGAGCUGCUUGCCAAGGGCGAGGGCGGCGUCUUCUUUGGCCUCGCGGCCAAGCAGCAGGAGAAUCAGGAGAGGGAUACCGAGACAAUGUCGCGGGCUUCGGCGUCGGUCAGGGACAGCUCGACCGCGCAAUCACCCGAGGAUAAGCAGGCCUGCGAGGACGGCGAGCAAACAGGUAGUGGGGCGGAGGAGGAGACGGACGCCGGCUCUGCAGCGAGCAAGACGAAGUCGAAGAAACAGGGCCCCGACCCGAUGCUGCGGCUGAUGCGGAUGGCGCCCGCCGGCGACGGCAAGCUGUACGGAAUCGGACUCGUCUGCUCUGCCAUCACGGGUGUAGGGAAGGGCUUCUUCGGCCUGCUCUUCAUGCGCUCGCUGACAGCACUCGCUUCCGUGAACCCCGACACCGUCCAGUCCGAAGCGACGAUGUGGGCCCUAAUCUUCCUGGGCGCUGGUCUCGCCAUGCACUGCUGUGAGCUUAUCUUCAUGGCCACCCUCGGCGUCGCGGGCGAGCACCUCGUGAAGGCGCUCCGACACCACUGCAUGCUCAAGCUGCUCCAGAUGGAGAUUGGCUACUUUGAUGACGACGCCAACUCGACGGGCGCGCUGACCGAGUUCCUGGGUCAAAAGGUGGCGCUGGUGCAAGGGGUCGUCGGCGAGAGGCUUGGAACCAUGGCGCAGUCCAUCACCAUGAUGGUCUCGGUCGUGUUUACAAUGUUUUACUGGGGCGACUGGCGCGUGACCCUCGUCGUGCUGGGCUGCUUCCCUAUCAUGGGGGCCGCCAUGGCGGUGGCCAUGGCCGCGAUGAUGCCCAUGGACGCCGGAAAGCAGGGCAAGAAGGACAAGGACGCCGACGUCAAGCGGUCUGCCGGGUCGAUGGUGGGGGAGGUGGUGCUCGGGAUCCGGACGGUCGCCUCCUUCAACGCAGAGAUCAAGUUCUACAGCGACUACUGCACGCAGAUGGAUGAGAUGCUCAACGCGGGCAAGAAGCGCGCCCUCUACGGCGGCUCUACGUCGGGCCUCGCCUUUGGCACCAUCUUCCUCAUCUUUGGCGUGCAGCUCUACUACGGGAUGUGGCUCGCGUCGGUCGGUGCGCUAUUUCAGUUUGAGCUGACGGUGGACGCCACAGGGUGCAUCGAGACUGAUGUGACCGUCUACAUGGACAAGAUCAUGGUCCCAAUGAUGGUGCGCUGUCCCGCUGCGAUGAUGAUGGUCAUGAUGCAGAUGUCGUCGAUGGCCAUGAUGGCCUCCGACGCAGGUGCCGCCACAGAAGCAGCCAAGGAGCUCCUCUCACGCUUUGACCGCGUCUCGCGCAUCGACCCCACCUCGGAGGAUGGUGCGCGGCUGCCGUCUGUUAGCGGCGAAAUCUCUGUGCGAAGUGUGGUCUUUUCGUACCCGACGGCGCUCGACCGCCCGGCCUGCCGCGGCUACUCGCUCGAGAUUGCGGCGGGCCAGGUGGUCGCGUUGUGCGGCCCGUCGGGCUCGGGAAAGAGCACGCUGAUUGCCCUUAUCCAGCGCUUCUACGACCCACAAGUGGGUAGUCUGCUGCUGGACGGAGUCGACAUCCGAACACUCAACCUGCGGUGGCUUCGGCAGCAGAUUGGGAUGGUUGGGCAGGAGCCGGUGCUCUUCGAGGGCACGGUCGCAGAGAAUGUUGGUUACGGCAAAGAGGGCGUUGAUCAAAGCGAGAUUGAAGAAGCGGCUCGCGCCGCGAAUGCCCACAGCUUCAUCACGCGCGACCUCGGCGCGGGCUACAGCACACAGGUGGGCUUGCGCGGCGGGAAGCUGUCGGGCGGGCAAAAGCAGCGCAUCGCGAUCGCGCGCGCCCUCGUGCGCAAGCCCGCCAUCAUGCUGCUUGACGAAGCGACGAGCGCCCUCGACAACGAGAGUGAGAGGGUGGUGCAGAAGGCACUUGACGAACUCAUGUCGAAGCACAGGCGCACGACCGUCACCAUCGCCCAUCGCCUCUCCACCAUCCGUAGCGCUGACAAAAUCGCUGUCGUCAAGGGGGGGAGGGUGGUCGAGCAUGGCUCGCACGAGGAGCUGCUGCAGAUUGGGCCCUCGGGCGUGUACUUUGAGCUGAUCUCGGCGGGCACAAGCUGA